UCUCCAGGGUCUGUAUGGCUGCACUAUGGUCUGGGCGGCUGACCCAGUGGAGAACCUAAGGGCAGAAGCUCAGAACACCAGCUCCAUCACCCUGCGCUGGGAUGCCUCCCAGGGCACUGACCUUCAGGACCUCACCUACUGGGUCCAGUGCACUGGAGACGGUGACAGAAAUGACACUCGAAACACAAGAGACACCAGUAUCACCAUGGGUGGACUUCAUCCUGCGUCUUUGUAUGAAUUUUCUGUGUGGGUAGAAAAAGAUGGAGCCAAUAGCUCCAGGCAGAGCCUCAGUGCGGCCACAGCCCCAAGCCCAGUGAGAAACCUGACAGUGGAAGGUCAGACCAACAGCUCCAUCACCCUGCGCUGGGAGGCCCCUGAGGGCUCCGACUCCCAGAACCUCACCUACUGGGUGCAGUGCAUUGGAGAUGGUGACCAAAAUGAGACCACAACAAACACCAGCAUCGUGGUGAACAAACUUGUUCCUGCAUCUCCAUAUGAGUGUUCUGUGUGGGUAGAGAAAUAUGGAGUCUUUAGCUCCAAGGAGAUGAUCAGCACUGUCACAGCCCCAAGCCCAGUGAGAAACCUGACAGUGGAAGGUCAGACCAACAGCUCCAUCACCCUGCACUGGGAGGCCCCUGAGGGCUCCGACUCCCAGAACCUCACCUACUGGGUGCAGUGCAUUGGAGAUGGUGACCAAAAUGAGACCACAACAAACACCAGCAUCGUGGUGAACAAACUUGUUCCUGCAUCUCCAUAUGAGUGUUCUGUGUGGGUAGAGAAAUAUGGAGUCUUUAGCUCCAAGGAGAUGAUCAGCACUGUCACAGCCCCAAGCCCAGUGAGAAACCUGACAGUGGAAGGUCAGACCAACAGCUCCAUCACCCUGCACUGGGAGGCCCCUGAGGGCUCCGACUCCCAGAACCUCACCUACUGGGUGCAGUGCAUUGGAGAUGGUGACCAAAAUGAGACCACAACAAACACCAGCAUCGUGGUGAACAAACUUGUUCCUGCAUCUCCAUAUGAGUGUUCUGUGUGGGUAGAGAAAUAUGGAGUCUUUAGCUCCAAGGAGAUGAUCAGCACUGUCACAGUCCCUAACCCUGUGAGGAAUCUGAGGAUCCAGGACCAGACCAACAGCUCUAUCACCCUGAGCUGGAUGGCUCCCAUGGGUCCCAGUUAUCCCAACUACACAUACUUGAUCUCAUGGGUGGAGGAGAACAAUGUUGCCAAUGAAACCAUAACUACUAAUACCACUGUCACACUGAUGUCACUGAACCCUGGGAGCUUGUUCAACUUCAUCGUCUCUGCCGAGAGGAACCAAGUCGGAAGUGAUACCAGGAACCUCAGUGGGGCCACUGAACCCAACAAGGUCACAGAUCUGCAGUAUGAAAGUCAGACCAACAACUCAGUGACCCUGAAGUGGAAUGCCCCUGCAGACUUCUACUCUGAAUAUUAUACCUACUCUGUCCAGUGGGUCAGUGAGGGACAAGCCCAGAGGAAGCAAGAUCCCCGAGGACAUUCGGCCAACUCCACAGGCAAUACCAGAGAGACUUGGUAUAAGAUCGAGAACCUGGAGCCUGGCACUUUGUACAACUUCAGUGUGUGGGCAGAAAGGAACAAUGUCUCUGGUUUCACACAGAGCCUCCAGGCCUCCACAGUCCCAAAUGCUGUCAUCAUCACCUCCUGUGUCAGUACCUCUGGUGGCUAUGGGGUCAUCUUGACCUGGUCCUGCCCAUCUGGAGGCUAUGAGACCUUUGAGGUGAAGGUGGGCGGGGAGUCGAGCGCCCAAGACAGAUCUUUGUGUGAGAAGGGCUUGUCUGUGUCAGGUCUUGGGCCCGCUCAGUCCUACACAGCCACUGUCACAACUAUCUGGAAGAGACUGAGUAGCCCGCCUGUAUCUGUGACCUGCUACACAGAGAGUGCAGGGGUCAUUGCCAGAGCCAUUGUGGGCGUCCUCCUGUUCUUCAUCCUCGUGGGGCUGCUGAUUUUCUUCCUGAGAAAGAGGAAAAGGAAGCCUCAGCAGAAGGAAGCUCCCAGAGACCUGGAGUUCAGCUUCUCAGGAAAUAUCCUUGCCAAAGACUUUGCUGACCAUGUCAGGAAGAAUGAGAAGGACAGCAACUAUGGCUUUGCUGAGGAGUACCAGCAAUUGAUCCUAGAGGGUCAAGGCCAGUCUCAGAUGGUGGCAUCAGCUCCCGAGAACAAAUCCAAGAACCGCUACAGGAAUGUGCUGCCCUAUGACUGGUCCCGGGUGCCCCUGCAGUCCCUUCAGGAGGAACCAGGCUCUGACUACAUCAACGCCAGCUUCAUGCCUGGUCUUCGGAGCCCCAAGGAGUUCAUUGCAGCGCAGGGCCCCCUGCCCCACACUGUGAGUGACUUCUGGCGUCUGGUGUGGGAGCAGCAGAGCCACACCCUGGUCAUGCUGACUAACUGCAUGGAGUCUGGACUGGUGAAGUGUGAGCACUACUGGCCUCUGGAUGCUCAGCCCUGCACUCACAGGAAGCUGCGGGUGACGCUGCUGGCUGAGGAGGUGACAGAGGACUGGACAGUGAGGGAUCUUCAGCUCUACCACAUGGGGCAGCAGCAGACCCUCUUUGUACGUCAGUUCCACUACCUGGCCUGGCCAGAUCAUGGAGUUCCUUACUCCCCAGACCCCUUGCUGGCUUUCUGGAAGGUGGUUCGGCAGUGGUUGGAUCAGACCGCAGGUGGAGGCCCGCCCAUUGUUCACUGCAGUGCUGGUGUGGGCCGGACAGGCACCCUUAUCGCGCUGGAUGUCCUGCUCAGGCAGCUGGAGUGUGAGGGGCUGGUGGGGCCCUUGAGCUUUGUGAGGAAGAUGAGAGAGAGCCGUCCUUUGAUGGUGCAGACAGAGGCCCAGUACGUGUUCCUCCACCAGUGCAUCCUGAGGUUUCUCCAGCAGUCAGCCCCAGCCACCACUCAGAAGGAGGCAACAUACAAGAAUAUGGCAAACGUCAUCUAUGAGAAUGCAGCCGCCAUCCAGGCCCAUGAGUUGGAGACCUAAGCUAAGCCUACAUACAGCAAUAUUCAGGCUAGAUCUGGAUACUGUUGAGCCCAGAUCUCUGGAUCCCCCAAGAAAACAGGUUUGAGCUCCAGCCUCCCCAACCUUGUGUGACAAGGCCACUGUACUUCCAACACAUGAGCCCUAUGGGAGCUGGAGGACAGGGGUCCUAGGUGGAUUUGUUGUUGACAUAGGAGGCAGCUGUGGCCCAGGUGUGCAGGGUUUCAAGGAAACAGGCUGGAACCUAGAUUCAGAGGAAGGAAGGAAUCGGGGGUCUGGGAUUCUGACAUUUCGGGAAGAAGGACAGGCAGGAGCCUGCCCUGCGUUUACUUUAGAAAC